CGGAAUACCAAUCCAGCUUUACCCGCGUGUUUGUUAUCUAUAUCGGGCGGUGGUUGGUCAAAUAUUCCAAAUCGAUACACCGGAACCGGUGUUUGACCAUAACUGCGGGUCCACGUCCUGUGAUAGGCUGUAUGCUCUUGCAGCGGUAGGCUUCUUUUAGCAAAGAUGAGACGCAGUUUUGUUCCUUGGCGUUUUUGAUGUCACGGUUACGCUGUAGCUUAAGCUAGCAAGAGAUCUACAGGCGUCCACUGCAAUGGGAGUGUUGUGGACUAAAUGAGUUUGUUAAAGACCUAAGUUUAUUGUAUUUCCAUCUGCCGUUGCCGGAAAACAACAAUAGCAUCUAAGAGCUAAAUUCUUCUCUCAAGUGUCCUCUUAUGUAAUGGAAGUGCUGAGUUGGUGCGCGGCUGCUGUAUGAAGCGGGCUGGGGCCAGCUAUGGAGGACGCUGCCAGCCAGCUGGAGAGGGACCACGUGCACAGCGUCUAUGAGAAGAUCGCGCCCUACUUCAACGACAGCCGCUACAAGGCCUGGCCCAAGGUGCGGCAGUUCCUGCAGGACCAGGAGCCGGGGAGCAUCGUCGCGGACGUGGGCUGUGGCAAUGGCAAGUACCUGGGCAUCAACGGGGACGUGUUCAAGCUGGGCAGCGACGUGUGCCGCCCCCUGGUGGACACCGCCCGCGGGCGCGGCUACGAGGUGCAGGUGUGCGACGGGCUGCGGCUGCCCUACAGACAUGGCUGCUUCGACGCCGUCCUGUCCAUCGCAGUCAUUCACCACCUGUCCACUAAAGAGCGCCGGGUCCGGGCGCUGAGGGAGAUGGCCCGGGUCCUGCGGGUGGGCGGCCGCCUCAUGGUCUACGUGUGGGCCAUGGAGCAGAAGAGGCGCAAGUUCGAGAAGCAGGACGUCUUCAUCCCCUGGAACCCCAACCCGCCCUCGUCCCCCGCCGGCGGGCGGAGGUGGGGGUCGGGCGGCGCCCCCGACGAGGAGCACCGCAAGGCGAAGAGCACGUCGUCCAUGGCGGAGGAGGACGAGGGCCCGGCCGGGGCCGAGGGCCCGCGCUCCCCCAAGGACCAGCGCUGGUUCUUCUCCCGCUCCCUGGACUCGGUGCUGGACUUCAGCAGCCUGGCCGCGCCCAAGCCGCCCGGCCGGGAGCCGACCGGGCCCCGCGCCGGGCCGGGGGCCCGCGGGCGGGCGCGGGGAGCGGGGCUCAUCCGCCAGUUCUCCAGCAUCUUCUCCUCCUGCUCGGCGCACGGCUCGGAGGACGACGUGUUCGGCCCGGCCGACCCGCUGCCGGGCGCCGGGGACACGCCCCAGGGGAAGCCCGUGUUCGGGGCCAUCGUGGGCGGCUGCAGCUCCGUGCCGCUGCCCGACCUGGUCACGCACCAGCGGGAGGGGCCGGAGGGGCCGGGGCCCGGGGAGGCGGGCCCAGGGGCCCGGGGGCCGGCCCCGCAGAGACAGGCCAGCUCAGAGAGCCUCCAGGACGUCCAGCUGAGCCGCUGGGACCGGGAGAAGCCGGAGGACUCCUGCCUGCGGUACUACCACGUCUUCAGGGAAGGCGAGCUCCUGGACCUGAUCCAGAACCACGUGGAGGAGCUCCACGUGCUGCAGAGCUGCCUGGACCACUCCAACUGGUGUGUGGUGGCCGAGAAGGUCCAGGUCUGGAAGAUCUGAGCCCGCGGCACUCCCUGGUAGACCAGCGCGUUUUAAAUUCACGUUUACCAUUUCUCCUAGGAUUUUAAUGUUUUUUUUAUUUUUAUUGUUGUUUUACUGGAAAUGAUCAAGCUGCCUUUGUUGGGUAACUGUUACUGCCACGAGGACUGUCAUCAGCAGUCCUUACUUUGGAGAUUUUUAACACAUUUACUGUAGGUUUCUGCUUUGUAAUUCUCUGUAUUUUUAAAAAAUAGUGUUCAAUGAUGCCACUACAGUCGGUGGUUUAAAUUACCUUUUGUAAUUGUCCCCAUGCACAUUUUUACUUUUAAUCCAACUUUUGCUUUUAGCCAAAGAGAACCAGUCCAGAUGGUGUCCCUUACACACUAUGGAGUGUCCACGGCUGUCAUCCUCUUAGGCACUGUGGAGUAGAGCCAAAUGUGUUGCUGUAGUAAAGCAGUGUUUGUGUCAUAUGCAACAGCUGCCCACGAUCUGAAAACGUGAAAUCGAAAAGUUGCACAUAAUUGCUCCGUGCUAAGCAAUACGAGCAAUCAAGAAAGCAAUUGCUUCAAAGAUGAUAUAUGAAUAUAUAUUUGAGAGAACUGUUAAUAUAUUCUGUGUUUGACUUGUGUUUUAGUCUGACAGUUUGUUGUGUUUUCAAAUCGGCGGCCACGUCUCAGAACUACAUCGUUUGUUGGGCGCGUCACUGCUAGUGAAACCUCAGAAGUGUUGCACGUUGAGUCUUCACUCCAAAAACUUGAAUAAUUUUCUCUGUGCUACUGUACACUGUGCAGAUGUGAAAUCAGUGUUGGUGUGAAAGCUGCUGUAACCUCCUGUUGCAUUCGUGUGUAGAAGUGAUUUACCCUGAGAACCACUUGUGCUUUUAGCUUUUUUUUAAAUUUGAUUUUAAAUAAAAGUGUUGACAGGAUCACUUUCCUCAGAUAUUGUUGCCAUUUUACCUUUCUAAUGUUUUACCUGUUGAUCUGCUUUUAUUUAUUUUAGUCUGUGUCUGUUACACUAAAUAAAUACAUUUUGUUCUUGGAAA